CAGACCUCCAGCAGGCCUUCAGAUCCUCUCAGGGACGCCAUGCAUCCGGCAUAAUGUCGGCUGAAGUCGCGAUUCAGAAGUUCUCCUUCCCGUUCGCCUGCGGCGCUCGACUCGCUCAGCGGGAUGAGGUGCAGGUGAAGACCCUGCAGGUCCAGCAGGUCCAGGAGACCCCCGUCUUAAAGCAGACCGGCGCCGCCGCGCAUCAUGACAAACAGGCCCAGGAGAGCCAGACGCCCGGUCCGGGCGGGGACCGGGUCCCCGUCCAGCUCCUGGUGAGUACCGAAGCCCCCCAGAAGGCCGCGAUCUCCAGGAGAACCGUGCUCGACCGGCUGACGGUGGAGAGCGAGGACCAGCGGCCCGCGGCGAAGAGACAGCUGUCGUCCGAGAGCGCGGCGAGGACCAUCACCGUGGUGAAGAAGAGCGCCGUGAGGAAGGAGGCGGACGAGCAGAGGCCGCUUCCGCAGAAGGUCCACCCGGGACCGAGGGCCCCGGCGGGCGGCGCCCAGACCGGGAAGAGGAAGCGACGGAAAGACCUGCUGGCCGGCGCCGAGCCGUUCCACAGGCUGGACUCCUUCGUGGUCCGAGCCGGAGCCCAGCUGAAGGAGAAGCGAGUGUACGACGUGAAGAGCAUCGUGCAGAGCAUCACGCAGGGCGCCCGGAGCGAGCUGGAGAAGCUCCGCGCCAUCUGGGUCUGGCUGUGCGACAACAUCGAGUACGACGUGAGCGGGUACCUGGGCCGCUCGGAGAAGCUGAGCUCGUCGGAGGAGGUGAUCGCGGCCGGGCGAGGCGUCUGCUGCAGCUACUCCAACCUCUGCUCGGAGAUGUGCAGAGAGGUGGGCAUCGAGUGUCAGGAGGUGCCGGGCCACAGUAAGGGCAUCGGGUACCGUCAGGGCCAGAGCCUGAAGAACGUGAAAUCGGAUCACCUGUGGAACGCCGUGCUGCUGGGGGGGCAGUGGUUCCUGCUGGACGCCUGCUGGGGCGCCGGCAGGGUCGACAUGGAGCACGAGAGCUUCGUCAAAAGGUUCGACGAUUUCUACUUCCUGACGGACCCAGAGGAGUUCAUCGACUCGCACUUCCCCGACGAGGAGAAAUGGCAGCUGCUGGAUGCGCCCAUCGGCCUGGAGGACUUCGAGAGGAGGGUCUUCAAGACGUCAGUCUUCUUCACCAUGGGACUUCGACUGAUUCAGCCUCACCACUGCCACAUCCUCACAGAUAACGGAGAGGCCACGGUGUCCAUCGGCUUCACCAGACCGACGACCUUCACCUACGAGAUGACGCAGCACCAGGACCUUCUGCACAGCGGCUCCUCGGAGCAGAGGGAGUCGGGGAACUGCUCGUCCGGCCUGCUGACCGUCUCCCAUCGCAGCAUGAAGCUGCAGCUGCUCCCGCCGGCCAGCGGCACGUACGACGUCAAGGUGUUCGCCGGGCCCGAGGGCGCCGCCACGCCGCUGUUCUGGGUCUGCUCCUUCACCGUGGAGUGUCCCACGCCCAGAGCCAUGGAGGACAUCCCGGAGAACCCCUUCCUGUCGUGGGGCUUGCAGCCGUUCGCGGCGUCGCUGGGCAUCGCCGGCAGCAGCCAGGGCAGCGAGGUGGCCGAGGUGGACCAGGGCGCCUUCAACUUGGUGCUGAAAACCUCCAGGCCUCUGCUGGCGCUCUGCGAACUGGUCCAGCCGGAGAUGGAGGCCGCCGUGGCCAAGCGCUGCGUGGCGACCCAGAUCCAGCCGGACGCCCUGACCUGCCACGUCCUGUGCCCGCUGCGCGGCUUCUACCGGCUGUCCGUGUUCGUGCGGGACUACGAGAAGGCAGACGCCAAGUUUCAGAACGCCGCUAACUUCCUGCUGCACUGCAAGGGGAAGGUGGUCGGCCCGGACGAGCUGUUCCCUCCGAACCUGGGCUCGGUGUGCGGACCGGGGACCAGGACCUCGGAGGCGGGUUUGUCCAAAUUCAGCCACACGGCGGCAGUGUUGAGCACCCAGCAGGGCAAGUGCAACAUCACCUUCCACAACCAGCGGGACCUGGAGCUUCACAGCGUGCUCAGCCGGCAGGACGACGGCAUGGCCGCCAUGCCGCUCUCGCGCCAUCUGUUCUGCACGUACACCGACAGCAAGGUGACGGUGAGCGCCAGCCUGCCCCACGCCGGCGUGUACCGGCUCGGCCUCUACGCCAGGACCGCCCCGGGAGGAGACUUCAACCCCAUGUGUGACUUUGUUCUGAGGAACAGCUGCGAGCGUCCGGGGCCUCCGUUCCCCUGCGUCUACUCCGCCUGGAGGAAAGGCUGCGUGCUGUUCGAGCCCCGGGUGGGCCUGCUGGAGCCGCUGGCCUGGGUCCGCUUCCGGGUGCGGGUUCCCGGGGCCCACAGGGUCAGCAUGGUGGGGGAGACGCGAACUGAUCUGAAACUCAACAAGAGCCGGGUCUGGGAGGGGGAGGUGUUCAGCGCCGGCGGCCUGCAGCAGCUGAAACUGGCCGCCUCCUUCGAGGAGUCCAGUGACUUGACGGUCCUGAUGGCCUUCGACAUCAAGCAGCCGGAGGCGGACCUGUGAGGUCGCGACCACGCCACCGAGACGCCGAUACGGACCGAUCGAGCCGGGAUCCAGAGUGUCCGCAAACAACUCAAAACUGUGAGCCAUAUUUCUUUCAGGUUUACCCACAUCGGUAUCAAACAGAAAGUCACUGUGACACUGGGACUGACUGGACUUUGCAGCAAUGAAGCUAUAAAUACAACAAUACUACAUGUCUUUUUUUGUUGGUGUUGUCUGAAAACUAUUAUUUGACGGAGGUUGCAUUUAACACGAAAAACCUUUGGAGCUCGACAACGGUGCUCAGCUCUGGUGCUUAGCUGUGGUAUCACACUGAUUAAGAGUGCUUUUUCUGCGUUAUUACGAUGUUGAUUUUCAGUAACGAUGGUUGUCAAAGCGUGUGCAAUAAAAUAUACUGUGA